UAUAAUUCAAAUUCCAUACAUAACUGAUAAAUUUGAAUUGAAAUUUAUUUCCCGUGGGACGACAUUCUCAACUCAUCAACUCUAUUACUUGUCUACCCUUGCCGGUUUCGUACGAACAAUUAGAAGCCAUUCUGUUUAACAAUGAAUAGUCAAAAGUUGUACAAACUGACUGAAUUUGUAUAAAUAUGCCAAAUCAGUUGGAGGAUGAACAUCCAAAAUAAUAUGGAGCUUGAACAGGAAGAAGAGCUAGAGCCAGUGAGUCCUAGUGCUCAAUAUCUGAAGAGCUCAGCAUUAUCACUAACUAUUUUAGGUGUUAUGGAACUAGAAGCUCCAAUUGAUGUGUCCAUUGGCAUGUCACUCCUCAGAGAUUUAUUCAUACCCAUAAAUCAUCGCUUUUCCUCAAUCAUGGUUUCCGAGGAGGGAGGAGCAAAGAAAUGGAAAAGGGUGGAGGUAAAUCUAAAAGAUCAUGUAGCUAUACCAGUUCUUCCCAGUGGCUUGUCAACUGAUUAUUAUGAUGAAUGUUUUAGUGAGUAUUUAUCAAAACUAGCAUCGGAGCAACUUCCAGAAAACAGACCUUUGUGGGAAGUCCACGUAUUUAACUACCCAACAAAGAACGCAGGUGGUAAUGUGAUAUUCAAACUUCACCAUUCACUUGGAGAUGGCUAUUCCAUAAUGGGAGCGCUUCUGUCUUGUCUACAAAGACUUGACAGACAACCCUUCUAUGCCAUUAACAUUCCCAUCGCGCCAGUCUAACUCGAAGCCUAAUCGUCACAGUCAAGGUUUUCUCAGGCACAUCAACCGGUUUUUUUCUGGUUUGAUUAACACUGCAUACGAUAUCGGAUGUAAUCUCUUAAAGAGCAGUUUGAUUGAAGACGAUAAAUCACCUAUUAGAUCUGGGCAUGGAGUUGAGUGUGGACCAUUUGCUAUAACUACAACUACAUUUUCCAUUGAACACAUCAAGCAGAUAAAGACCAAGCUUCAAGUGACGGUUAAUGACGUGAUUACUGGGGUAAUCAUAUUUGGAACCAGAUUAUACAUGCAAAGAGCGAAUCAAGAUUCCAGUAAAGGGAACUGUACUGCACUUGUACUACUCAAUACUCGGGCCAUUGGAGGUUACAAGUCUGUGAGUGAGAUGAUCAAACCUAAUGCAGAAAUGCCCUGGGGUAAUCGCUUUGCAUUCUUGCAAGUUUCUAUUCCCAAUUUGACUGCCUCUGAGUUAAACAAUCCACUCAAAUUUGUUUACAAAGCCAGCCAAUUAAUUAAGAGGCAAAGAAAUUCUGCAGCAGUUUAUCUGACGGGUCAGUUUCUUGACGCCAUGACUAAAAUUAGAGGUCCUGAGUUUUUACGAGGUGCAAGUCCAGUGUUGGUAGUGGAAAUUCCAAGGACAAGAACAUUACUGCAACAGUGCAAUGACUAUGUAACGAAGACGCAUCCAGCAGAUGUUCAAAACUUAGAAAAGUUUAUUCAUGUUGAGAGACGAGCAGGAAAUACGUCAGCCGUAGCUAGCGCUAAAAUUUUGGCAUCUUUAUCAAACUUGAGAUUCCUAGAAACACGGGAUGCAUUGCUAGAACCUGUGCUGUUUUAUUUGUUGGAUUAUCAACUUCAGUAUUUCGCUUCGGAUUUGAUUAUUAGCCAUAAAUAGAUUGGAAUGAUGAAAGAUGGAAGAUUUCAGUGAAUGAUUAAGGUGUAAGAUGGAAGAUGCUAGCAUAGGAAUAUCGACAUCAAAGUCGUUGAAGUUAAUUUUGUACUAUAAUCUACUUAUUUGGUGAGGCUAUUGAAUGUGUUCUAGUUCACUAGGAAUGUGUUCUAGUUCAUUUUUGUGUGGAUUCAAAAUUCAUAAUGAAAUUAUUAUCAAUUUUGUUGGUUAA